UAUUUAAACUUCUUCUUAUCCCCUCCAGUUCUCAUUGCAAAGUCUAAUUCAUGAACAAUCGUCUAAUAUUGUUAAAUUCUCAUAUCACACCCAAAAUGGCAUCCAAAUCAGAUAUUCACCUCUACACUACCCAAACUCCGAACGGGAUCAAGAUAUCCAUUACCUUGGAAGAACUCGGGCUUUCAUAUGAGGUGCACAAGAUUGAUAUAUCCAAGAACACUCAGAAAGAGCCAUGGUUCCUCGAGAUCAACCCCAACGGACGCAUUCCCGCUUUGACAGAUACCUUCACGGAUGGGAAGCAGAUUAAUUUGUUCGAAAGUGGUAGCAUCCAACAGUAUCUUGUCGACAGAUAUGACACAGAGCAUAAGAUCUCAUAUCCUAAAGGCACAAGAGAGUACUAUGAAGUCAACAACUGGGUAGGUCAUUCGUUGUUCCUGGAUCCAAUUCAUCAAAAUGAACUAAUAUGAUAGCUAGCUCUUCUUCCUUAACGCUGGAGUGGGUCCUAUGCAAGGCCAAGCUAAUCACUUCAGCAAAUAUGCUCCUGAGAAGAUUGAGUAUGGUAUCAAUCGCUACGUAAAUGAGACCAGGCGUUUGUAUUCCGUCCUCAAUACUCAUCUCGAAAAGUCUACCUCUGGUUACUGUAAGUAUAAUCUUUCCAUGACUCUUGUCUCUGGACCAACGCAACUAUUGCGUGUUUUAUAACUCGUUGCUCAAUCAGCUCGUUGUGUUCCCAUUUCAUCGUUCGUGGAACGGCUACUGACAAAAAAUCCUAGUGGUUGGUGACAGAUGUACAAUCGCCGACAUUGCUCACUGGGGAUGGGUAACUGCGGCGUUUUAUUGUGGAGUUGACAUUGAAGAAUUUCCAGCUUUGAAGGCAUGGGAUGAAAGAAUGGAGAAGAGACCAGCAGUAGAGAAAGGGCGCCACGUACCAGAACCACACAACAUCGGAGCACUGAAGAAAGAUCCUGAUCGUGAAGCGAAAAUGAAGGCUGCAGCUGAAAAGAACAGAGAAUGGAUACAGGCUGGCAUGAAAAGUGAUGCCAAGAACUAAUGCGUCUACAAAAGUCGAGUAUAGCAAGAACUAGAUGCAGUAAACAAAUCCUCUUUAUCAAUGUAUUUCGGCGAUCCGUUCCGAUAUCAUCAAGAUCUAUUGAGUGAUUGACCGUCCCUCUGUUUAAUUGUACUGAUAUA